UAAAGUCAGCCGUCUUUCUAAAAUGCAUGCAUCGCUGGGAUUGUGCUGAGCCUGGGUGGGGUUUUUUACCACCAAUUUUUCUUUCUUAUUUCGUGUGAAUUCUUAUUUUUAUAUACUUUACAGCGUGUAGCAUUUUAAUUGAAUUUAUAGCACUAUUCAGUUCAUCUAGGAGCACAACGACAUAGAGGAAAAUUUAGUUUAAAAUGGCUCGUGACAGACUAAACGCCCUGGGAAACGAAGGCUGGAGCGGUGACCAAAAGUGGCAAGAGCAGCCGGACGAGGACCACACCGCCAUCCCAAUGAAUCAGCUUAACAGAUCCGCAGGCGGUGAUAACGGCAGAUACAAAGGCGGUAGAGGCAGAAGCACAAGCAGCCCGCGCAGGGCAAACAAUCAGGGCUAUGGCCAGGGAUACGACCAGGGGUAUGACCAGAGGGGCUACAACAACACCUCUACCAGCAGCAGCCCAGACGACGAUUUCUUCAACAUGGUGGACAGCAUUACAGGCCAAAUGGCCGACCUGGACAACAUAAUAAAGGACAUCUCCGGCCUACAGAAUGGACUUCUUUCCAUGGUCGGCGGCAGCACUCAGCACAUGGAACAGACAGAGAGGCUCCAGCGCGAGGAGAAGGAGGCGAAGCGCAUGGUUGUUGACAUCAAGCAAUGCCUAAGCAGCCUAGACGUUGUUAUCCAGCGCGCAAGGGACGACCCCUCUGUGUCAAGUAGUCAGGCUGUCGCGCGCUCCAGCCGUCAGCAGGCGCUGACCAAGCGCUUUGCAGACCAGAUAUCGCGGUAUCGCCAGAUGGAAUACGACUCGUCAAAGCGCCAGCGCGUCCAGCUCGAGAGACAGUACAAGAUUGUCCGGCCGGAUGCGACAGAGGAAGAGGUCAGAGACGCUGUGGACAACGAAAACGCCAAUCAAGUUUUCUCCCAGGCGGUCAUCAACACUAACCGGGCAAACAAGGCGAGGGAGGUCCUCAAGGACGUUGAGUCCCGCCGGCAGCAGAUCAGAAACAUCGAGCAGUCAAUCAGCCAGCUCGCCGAGAUGUUUGUCGAGGUCAACGAGAUGGUCAACCAGCAGCAGCAAAAGUUUGAUAACAUCGAGGCUGCAGUCGAGGAUGCGCACGUAAACAUAGACAAGGGCAACGUGGAGACCAAGCAGGCCAUUGUGCAUACGAAGAGCAGCCGCAAGCUCAAGUGGUGGAUCCUCUUCAUUGUCAUCAUCAUCCUUGUCAUCAUCGCCGUCGUCCUGUACUUCAAGCUUAAAAAGUAGGCACGUGAAGGGUGACCCGGACCCAGCUUUUGUCUUCUUUGUGUAGUGCUUUAUAUUUUCAGAUUUAUUUUGUUUUGCAUUGUCUUGUUUUGUUUUGUUUUGAUUGCGUCCUGGAGACGCGGGAUAUAAACCGACGCGCGUAUGCUUACGCUGUACAAUAUGAUUGCGUCCAGCGCGACUGGCGGAGAAGGGAUGUGUUUUUGGCU